GCAGAUUAGUGAUUUUUCUUAUUUUUUUCCUUCUAAAAACUUGGGAACGGAUUACAAUGUUCAAACCCGAGCUUCUUACACGUUUUUUACCAACCGCCAGCGCUGCCAUCAAUCCGCCGGCGACACGCACCGCCGUCGCGGCACCCCCCAACCACGCGCAUCUUACCGGAUUUGUUGUUGUGUUUGAUAUUGAAAUGGAGGCUCCAUUGGUGCUGACAUUGUAGCAGUAUCUAGUUCUAGCUUUUGGGGUUUUCUCGGAUGGAAAAGAAACGAGUGGAUGAACAAGAGCCCUCGCCUGCCUCACUGCCUAAAGCUGAUCGAUUUGGAUUUGUAAAGCAGGAAACUAACUCACCUGAUGGAUUAGCAAAGAGCAGAUCAGCUGCAGAGUAUGAGAGCGAGGAAAGAAGAAUUAGAAAAUGGAGAAAGAUGAUAGGGGUUGGAGGAAGUGAUUGGAAGCAUUAUGUUCGCAGGAAACCCCAUGUUGUCAAAAGGAGAAUAAGGAAAGGAAUUCCCGAUUGUCUAAGAGGACUUGUCUGGCAACUGAUAUCUGGAAGUCGUGACCUCUUGCUCAUGAAUCCAGGUGUUUAUGAGCAACUAGUCAUAUAUGAGACAUCUGCUUCUGAGCUAGAUAUCAUCCGAGAUAUUUCUCGUACAUUUCCUUCGCAUGUUUUCUUCCAGCAGAGACAUGGUCCAGGUCAAAGAUCCCUUUAUAAUGUUUUAAAAGCUUACUCUGUAUAUGACAGAGACGUUGGAUAUGUACAGGGCAUGGGAUUUGUCGCAGGUCUCUUGCUUCUUUAUAUGAGUGAAGAAGAUGCAUUUUGGUUACUGGUAGCCCUUCUAAAAGGAGCUGUCCAUGCUCCAAUGGAAGGAAUGUAUUUGGUUGGUUUGCCUCUUGUGCAGCAAUAUCUUUUCCAGCUUGAUCAGUUAGUGAAAGAGCAAUUACCGGAGUUGGGAGGGCAUUUUUCUCAAGAAAUGAUAAACCCUAGCAUGUAUGCUAGCCAAUGGUUCAUAACCGUUUUUUCUUACUCGUUCCCAUUCCAUUUGGCUCUUAGGAUUUGGGAUGUCUUUCUUUUCGAGGGUGUCAAGAUUGUCUUCAAAGUUGGUUUAGCACUAUUAAAAUUCUGCCAUGAUGAUCUGGUGAAGUUGCCUUUCGAAAAACUUAUACAUGCGCUGCGGAAUUUUCCUGAAGAUGCCAUGAAUCCAGAUAUUUUAUUACCAAUGGCUUACUCCAUAGAGGUGUCCAAGCGAUUGGAGGAGUUGAAGGAGGAAUACGAGAAACAACACGGGAAACUGUCCGAGCGUGUUAAACAGAGGCUGCUGCAGCCAUCUUGAAUGAUGAACAAUGCACCCUAAUGACUUUUGAUUCUUUUAUUCGUUGCUGGCAACUAGCAUUGUACAAAGUUGUUGCUGAAUGAAGUAUUUGUCAUGGUACAAGAUUUUAGGUUUGAUUGAUCAGUUUUUAAAAUUGUACACAGCCUGAAUAUGAUGCUUGCAUUUUACAUUCUUGGAUAUGUGCUUGUCAAUAUGAAACUGAUAUACUUUAUCAGAUUGCAUUUAGAAA